UUGACAAUCGCCAGUCGAUAGCAAAACAUGAGAGAGUGCUCAUCGCGCAUUAAUACGCGUCUCCUAAGUGUGGUAAUCGUUAUCGAUCAACGUCUUAGAAUCGACACUUGUCGAUACCUAAUCGAGAUCCUGUCUCGCCGCAUCACAGGCGAUUAACGAUUGUUGGUUAGACCUGUUCCCACAUCUAUGGAGUUUCAUCUAGACAGUGCAGAAUACUGCCAGGCACAGCACAAAUAAAAAGUAAGGAAUCCUUAAACAAGGCGGUGAUAGCCUGAGUGAACACAUUCACCUCUUCGGAAGUCGACGUUGAUAAGUGGUGCGGAUCAUAAUCAGCUAAAUACCGCUGAUAUAGCUCGACGGCAAGGAGCCGCGAUUAUCCAAAGUCUGUCAAUCUAUGGGAGAGAAAGAUAAAAAACUUAAUUUUUAGCAUCGCAGUGAUCGCAGAUCAUAUCACGGCAAGGAGAUAUUUUAAUUUAUAACAACGAAACUGAAAAAAAAGUUGAAAUAUUUUCGAAAACAAAACUAAAACUGAA